UUCUUUCUUUCUUCUGUUUCUUUAACUCUUCACUCCCUCCCUCUCAAUUCCCAUCGACCCCAACACAUAAAACCUGCAAUCCGAGUCUCUUUCCCGCCAAAAGCCCGACACUCUUCGUAGGUCUCUUUCUUUUACCUCUGUUGGGUCAGGUUAAUUCUUCCCGCUGUAAAUAAUUUUGUUGUCCAUCUGUCUCGAUCAGUCUCCCUCUGUAGCUACUCCCAAGCCUUCUUAUUAUAAGCGUAUCCAAAGCCCAGAUUCUUUCCUUGUAACUCAUCUUUGUACAAGGUUUCUCUCCUACCACUCUCUCUUCUCAUUCUCACUUCCAAUUAUGCAUAAGAGGCAUAGAAUCUCCCUUUUUGUUCAAAGAUACGAAUUCCAUAAAGCUCUUUCCUUUCCUUUGAUCACUAUAUGAUCGAGGAAAACCCCCCUUCACUGGAUCAAAUGCUUUUUUGCCGUCUUCGCUUCCUUUGAUGCAUCUGAACAAACCCUUCUGCUACUGUCCGACAAGCACCAUGACAACCCCCGACACAAAGAGUUUCCACCAUCCCCACUUCGGCAGGUCCGUGCAGCCCAUCGUAAAGUUCUCAGAGCACACAGUAACAACAACAACGACAACUGAGCUCAUUCAUCAACGGAAACCCAUGACUCCCGGUGACUCUCAACCAAAGCUCAAGCUUGUGAGGAUCAUACUCACCGACGGCGAUGCCACUGACUCCUCCAGCGACGACGACGAAGAAAAGAGGUCCGUAAGAAGAGUUAAACGGCACGUCAGAGAGAUCAGCUUCGAGCCACCGCCAUCACUUUCCCCCAAGAAGUCGCCGAAGCAGGACCCUGCAGCUAAAAAGAGACCGUUGAGAUCGCCUGGGUCAGAAGCCAGUCGCCGGAAAAAGUUCAGAGGUGUCCGGCAGAGGCCUUGGGGUCGCUGGGCGGCCGAGAUCCGAGACCCGAACCGCCGCAAACGGGUCUGGCUGGGAACCUUCGACACGGCCGAGGAAGCUGCCUCUAUGUAUGACAAAGCAGCGGUCAAGCUCAAGGGUCCCAACGCCGUCACGAACUUCCGUAACUCCGUUAUGACGGAAACGUCGGUUUCGGUCGACGUUGAGAGUCCCAAGGAAAGCUCCGCCAUGUCUGAGGCAGCUGCUUCCUCACCCACUUCGGUCCUCCGCUAUGACGAGUCACCGACAUCGUUUGACGGCUUCUGUUACGGGGACAUCGAUGUAUUCGGGUUCGAUAUCGACUGGCCGUUAAAUGUGCCGGACGUUGUUUUGUCUAGAAAACACGUGGCCCAUCAGGAGGAGGAAGAGUUCGGGGAGUUCGACAUCGACGAUUUCAUGUGGACGUCGUUUGCUAAAUAGCGAGGGAGAGUUCAGUAAUACGGUUCCACACCUGUUCCGGAAACAGUGACGUGGCAUAUUUUGAUUGGUUCUUUCGUUGACGAUAGUGGAGUCCAAAAGAGUCAGAAUUCCUAAAGUGCCCUCGUUCAUUUUGAUCAACUUUAUUUAUUUAGGUCAAACUACGGAGUGUUGAUAUAUAUAUACGUAGAGUCGGCCGGUCCUCGCACUAAUACUGCGAUUUUGUCUUCUGUUAAGGAGCCAAUGAGGUUUUGUUAUAUUGUUAUUGGCCUAAUUGUAAUUAAGCAUAUUUCUUAAAAAAAAAACAAAACAUGAUUGCGAGGUGAUAAGUUUCAAGUGCGUGGAGAGUGGGUUUUGAGAGAUUUUUAGGCCAUUCCUUCGGGUUCACGCCGAGAAGCGUUGAAAAGUAAAUGGGGAGCUUAUUUUAUUGUAUCAAGAUUGAUUAUUUAAUUAAUAAAUACCAGAAUAGAGUAAAAUUGGUGUUUAUACUA